GUAGAAAACAAGAACAAUAAUGGCACGGAACAAAGAUAUAUACCGCUCAGGAAAAAGUUUUGAGUUUUGAAAAAGUUUGUUUAAAUUCCUCCGAGAAUUUGCAGUACACUUGAAUGUAAACAAAGAUUUGGGGGGUCCUGAUAUAUCUUCUGUCUGGACACAGAACAGAACCUCUCCAUUAUAAACCUAAAUUGAAAGAAAAACAAAAUAAAUCCUUUUUUUCUUUAUAAAUAUUUCUUCAUGAUAUUCUUGAUAUAUACAGCUGAUGAUGUAUGAAACAAGGGCGGAAUUUUUGGUUUUGUUAAAUCCGUUUAACGAUUAUUUUCUUUAUUUUCUAGGUAUGUACUAAAGUAGAGGACGUUGCUAACUGUGAAUACACUCAUGAAAAAAAUUAGGCCUAAUUUUACCAACAAAGGAAUAGACUUUAGAGACGACUGUACGGAAUCUUACCAGGCUUUUAUCUUAAAUUAAUGAAUUCUCGUUGGUCUGAACUGUUUGCAUUCAUUGUAAAAAUCAUUUAGAGCAUCUUGAAAAGACCAUACUAAAGAUGCAAAGACAGAAACCUAACUGCAGAUCUACAGGAGAGUUCUAGGUCGUCAUAAAGUUUCAUCCUGAAACUGUAAAGAUGACCUGAAGCUCUCAAAAUAUGGCGAUUUCAAGGUAUGCUCUGGGUUUAAGAAACAGCUGUUGUAGAAAAAUCUAAGAUGGCGCCAACAAGCUGUUAGAAUUCUCUUGAAAACAAUAAAAUGGCAUCCGAGCACCAAACCUCGAAGUUGUUUUCAAGGCUUAAAACUGGCCUUGACAACCUGGACAAGGAACGAAUAAAAUCGAGACGUGUUUGCAGAUCUGCAAGCUUAAAUGUGCCAACGCGACCAGGAAUUCGUGGAUUUCCUUCACCAAAAAGACUUCUGCAAAACAUUGACACAGAGGGUCGGAAAAUUUUGAAUGGAGUCGACAAGCUGUCUGGUCUAUCUGCUAGUGAGGAGGAUUUUAUCCAGGUUGAAUUUAAACAUGAUGAUUCUGAUCCAGAGAUAUAUUCAGUUCUGGGGGACACAGAACAAACACUCUGCUCUUCUGAAACAGAAUCAGAUGAUUUUGGAUACAAAGCACACGCUAAGAUGUUUUCUAGAUUAACCCUUGAGUCUCCAGAUCCUGGAGAGAAAAGUAUAAUGUCAGUUUCUGAAGCUACCAAUACAUCGCUAAAAUCUAAUAAAACUGAAGAAAAUUCCAGAAAAAAACAAGUUAGAGAUGAAAAGCGUAAGAAGAAGAACGGAAUGGAUGAUAAAUAUGAGAACGAUGAUCUAAAAGAUGAUGGAUUCUAUAUUGAUAUGACUGAAAUAGAACCAAGGUCUGGGAAACUAAAUAGGAAAAAUCCAAAAAACAUUUCAGAUCGUGAUAUUUUACUUGAUAUUCCUAAUCCCAACUACAACUGUAUUUACAACCAGAAAAAAAGUACAACCAACCCUGCGGCGUACAUGAGCUCCGCUAUGUACAGCAGUCGACAGUACAACGGCGGAAGCAGAAAGGUUUCUCGAAGUCAAAGUUUUACAACUUCUCGACAAACUAUGAAGAGACAAGGAAGAGGAAUGAGUUCUGUACAAUAUAGUCCGACUGUACCUUGGAAUACUCAUGUACAGGGUGUACAUAAUGAAGAAGAAAAAGCAGAUAGUAAAAGAAAGAGUACUGCACAUGUACAACGUAGUGCAUCAAGCGUGUCUGCAUUUAGAAUGGAUACAACUCCAACCAGUGGAAGAUUUUCUCUGCUGGGGUCUAAAAGGAUGAAUGCGUCGCGGUUCAACCAUCUCCCCUCCUCCUCAGCAUUCAGACCUGUUGAGCGGAAUAAGAAUUCUAUCCUUCUCUCAAGUGCAGAUUUUUCAUCCCUCCCGUACAUAAUUGAGCCGGAGAAAUCAAAAUACUGGAAUUCUUCAACAGAACUAAACUCUGUCCAAUCAGAGCACAUCUCCUCAUACUCUGUCCAAUCAGAAUCAAGAUUAUUUUGUCCCAGCCAACCAAAAUCAAUUACUUCAAUCUUAAUCCAAUCAGAGAGCAAUGUCUACAGUGACCAGCAGGCUAAGGAGUCUUCAAGAAUGGUCCAAUCAGAACGCUCGUCCAAAGAUUGGCCGAACCAAUCAGACGCCUCAUCUAAAAUUUGGGGAAGUCCAAACGUAAAGUCCAAAGAGAAUACCAGUCUUGUUAUUUUGGACUCAAUUGGUGAUCAUACUUAUUCCCCGCCAAAACCGUUUGCUAACAAACCCCAGACUUUCAAGAGCCCUAUCUUCACCAAAGUAAACUACUGCAGUACAGAAAGUCCAUAUUCUAGUUCAAACAGUGACUAUUCCUCGCUUUCCGGUCAGGUCUUAGAUUCCUGUCCAUACACCACCGACUAUAUGUCCCUCCCAGUACAAGAAAGUACUAAACGUGUAGACGAAUCAGUACAUGAGCUUGUACAACAUCGCGGGGAUACAUCGUCCUCUAGCAGUUCUAAUAAAUCUAACAGGUCCUCUUUAGCCUCAAUUCAUCAGUACUCUACCCUACCCUCGUUUAAAACUAGUCAACGACGACCAAUAAACCAGAAGACGGUUGAGUUGGCUAACUACGCUAAACAGUACGAAGGAUUCCAACAAAACAGAAGAAUUAGAAGCAAUAGCAGAGAAGGAGUUAGGACCCUUCAAACCCUUCCAGACACAGGGGACAGGACCCUAGAACAAACUGCAGACAACGAGGACAGAAAUCAAAUCAUCAAAGAACGGGUUGAGGAUAAAAAGAAAAGAGAGGAAAUAAUUAGUCCGGCUUAUUCAACACUACCCAGACAACCUACACAGAAUAUGUGUACAGAAGAACGACAAGAAACAAAAAGUUCAAGUUUCUACAAUUCUGCACUGUACACUAGAUCUCUUCCUCGUACAUCAAGGGUAUCCAGAGGAGGCUGGUAUAGGACCAGGGGGGACAAGAGUGAAGGAUUUAUGGAGGGAAGGACAUCAGUAGAUCAGUUGAUACGAUCCUUUGAAGGAAAAUCUGAGUCGGACUGGAGAAACAAGACUGACACUCAGAUGGAAAAAGCAGCAAGAGGAUUCGGAAACCCUGGAAAACCUCCUAGACCUGGUGGAAAGGGAACCCUGGACGUAUCAGAUCAAUUGGACACGUCAUUGGAUAGAAGUAACAACAAUCAGUUCUACAGCUUAAACACAGUUUCAGGUUUUGAACAAUCCUCUAGUCCAUGGGGAACAUGGGGAAGAAGAAAAGUUCCCCCUGUGGUCGCCCCUAAACCUGGUAAACGCCCCCCAGCUACCCCGCUCCUGGGUUCUAUAACAGAAGGUGGUGGUUCACUACGAUACUCUUCUACAUCUCCCUGGAGAACGACCACUAGGAGCAGGGAUAUUUGGAAUCUUGGUAUUACAGACAAGAAUAUAGAAGAGGAAAAGAAGCUUGAAGAUGUAUGGAACAGUAAAGAAGAACCGUCAAUUGAUCAGCAAAGUGUGUGGAAGAAAGAAGAAGAUCGUAAAGUAGAUCAGGAAGAAGAAAGAAGAAGGGAAGAUGGUGUGAAGAGUGAAGAAAUCUGUGAAAGUUUAGUAAAAAAUCCACCAAACUUCUGGAUGGAUAAAUCAUUGAAUUUGAGCAAAUGGAUAGAUAGCAGUUCAACCAACACCAGUCCUCAACAUAUAUCAAUCAAUCAACAUCAGCAUACUCAUUCUGACAGUGGACUCUCCAGCCUCUCUGGAUCUCUCAGGACUGCAAUGACCUCCCCUCUAUCUACUGUAUCCUCUAGCUCUAACUCUAGCUCCAAAUCAAACUCAAGAAGGUCGAGCUCAAGUCACCGGUCUGCUAGUAAUCUUAGCUUCGUCACUGUUGAAGAAGCAAUCAAGGAGUUUGAUGGAAAUCUACAAAAUGAAGAGGAGGAAUGUUCAUGUCCGCUAGAGUCAUCUAGUGACGAGAAUCCAAAUGAGGUUUACAGACUACCAGAGUCCCCAGUAAACAGAAAUCAGACCUAUGAGUAUAGAAGAUGCUCCGAGAGCAACUCUGUGCUCAAAAUUGGUCCAAAUUCUUGGAUUGGAGGCAAACUUCGAGAAUUUUUGGGAUGGAAGGAAAUUGAUGGGAGUCAAGAGGCCGCCAUUUAUUGUGUUAAAACAAAGGUUGUGAGGUUGGAGGAAAGCUUGAUAAAACUCCGAUAUGAGAACGAACAAGUAAACUCGUAUUUCUACAGUCUCCAGUCAAAGCUGGUGAAAUGUGCGACCUACAACCAGCUGGAGAAGUACAAGCUCCACAUCAAGGAAAUCGAGAAGAUUACCUCCUUGCUCUCCAGCCUCGUCUUCAGGAAGGAGAAGUUAAAGAAGGGGUUGGAAAGAGAAAAGGACUACCUGGAGAUGCACGGGUUCGAGAGUAAGCUGGAGCAGGUCGAAGAGAGGAUCAACGAAGCUAAUAGUCUUAAAAAGAAUAUUGAGAAGAGAAACACCUACAUCCUGGAGUACCUGGAGAACUACUUAAACUACUCCGAGCUUCAGGACUACAAGGAGAACUUAAACCUGAAGAUGAACCUCGUGAGAGAAAUCAGAAAGAUAGAAAACGAUCUGAACUCAGGAAACGAAAUCCUCGUUCUGAUUACAAACAUUAAAAAUCUUUAAUUAGAAAAACUGGUGAAUACUAUCUAAUUAUGCGGCUGACUAAAAACUAUUAUUUAUCAUGUUUUAACAAGUCAAUUUAUAGCUUUAAUUCUUAAUUCAUAUUUAUUAUAUUGUAUUUAUUUGUAUAUUCCUUUAAGAUGAGAACCUAGUCUGUUUUUAAUGAAAUAAAAUAUGUGGCUGUGAA